GACGUCCCUGAGAAAAAAAGAGAGCGACCGAGGACACGAAGAAACCCGGAGGCUAGAGAGAGAAGGAGGCUCUGGAGCGGCGGCUGCGUGACGAGGAUAUGAGCGGCGAGGCGGCGGCCGGCGGCGGCGGGGAGGCGAACGGCGUCCAGCCAAACGUGACCAUCUACAUCAAUAACCUCAACGAGAAGAUCAAACUCGACGCACUUAAGAAGUCCCUCAAUGCGGUUUUCUCCCAGUUUGGGAAAAUCAUUGAGGUGCUUGCUUUUAAGACUUUGAAGCAUAAAGGGCAAGCAUGGGUCGUGUUCGAAGAUGUUGCAUCAGCAACCGAGGCUUUGAAGAGGAUGCAAGAUUUCCCCUUCUAUGACAAACCCAUGAAAAUUCAAUAUGCCAAGACCAAGUCAGAUGUUGUAGCAAAAGCUGAUGGCACCUUCGUACCUCGAGAAAAAAGGAAGAGGAAUGAUGAGAAACCUGAAAAGAAGCAGAAGCGUGAGCAGCACCACGAUGUUAACCAGGCUGGCGUGGGCAUGCAUGCCUAUCCUGGUGCUUAUGGGGCUCCGCCGCUCUCUCAGCUACCUUUUGGUGCGGGACCGAAGGUCAUGAUGCCAGAGAUUAUUGUACCAAACAAUAUUCUCUUCGUCCAAGAACUCCCACACGACGCGACCGCUUUGAUGCUGCAGAUGUUCUUCUGCCAGUACCCAGGGUUCAAGGAAGUGCGGAUGAUCGAAGCAAAGCCUGGUAUUGCUUUUGUGGAGUAUGGAGACGAGGGACAGGCGACCGCAGCCAUGAACCUUCUUCAGGGUUUCAAAAUCAAAGAGAACCCAAUGCGCAUCACAUAUGCGAAGAAGUAACUUGAUGAGCUGUAUUGACUUGAAUUAAUGUUGUAGCCCUGGUUUUGCACCAUCUGGUAGAUUUUCUUCACAUGUAAGGUAGACUACACCAUGGUUUAAUCCAGUAUAAAUUAAUGUACGGCUCAGCUGCAUUUAUGCGUC